AUGGAACUCAGCCACCGUUGAUGUCGUUAGCUACACCUGUGCUUCUUCUACUGUGACACGUCAAGAUGUCGGCUGUGGAAAAGGUCUAAUCUUUGGUGCAAACAAAUCACGGCUCUUCUGUGCAACGCAUAUUUCAGUGAGCCCACAGGUGUAACCAGGCUCUUUGUUACCUAAGAACAGAAAAUAAGCUGAGUUGAGGAGAGACAUUGAAUUUGGACAGUGCAUAAAUAGCGACAAAGAAAUGCAGGGACGGCAGCAGCUCUGCUGAGAGUAAUUACACACCCGUGACCCGCCCUCGCUUCCCCUCGUUCUCGCCAAAGACUAUUUCCUCGCAGUCCUCAGUUUUGCCCUGUCUGCUCCACUGAUGGGGCAGUGACAAUGACAGAGCACGACAGACCUGUGUAGGCUUUUUUUUAUUUUUUUAUUAAAUUUCAUUCCUCAGCUUCACUUUAGUUGUCUUCGUCUUCUCUUUUAAACCAUGUUGCGGGUUGUAGUGGAAUCGGCCAAAAAUAUACCUGCAAAGAAAGUUGGAAAGCCUGACCCAAUCACCUCCGUCGUUUUUAAAGAUGAGAAGAAGAAAACAAAGGAGAUUAGCAGUGAGCUGAAUCCUGUAUGGAAUGAGGUCCUUGAGUUUGACCUGAAGGGUACUCCGCUGGACUCUAGCUCCUCCAUUGAUGUGAUUGUGAAAGACCAUGAAACCAUUGGGAAAGACAAGUUCAUUGGCUCAACCAAAAUUGCUUUGAGGGACCUUGCCUCAGGUCAGGUUAAAUCACUACCAUCCAAAAAUGUGUCCUUGGUCAACGAAAGUGGACAGAGUAUUGGAGCUACGAUCAACCUUGUGGUCGCCUAUGAUCCUCCACCCAAUGCUGCUCCAAACCCCAAUGACCCUCAAGCUGGAGAUGCAACAGUGGAUGGUGGCGGUGGUGGUGAGGAGGGUGGUGAGACUCUACCAGAUGGGACCUCUGCAGUGUCUCCUGGACAGUCCGCUAACACCCGCCAGAAGAUGUUCAGGGCACAAAAUCGCCGCCAACUGACCAAUAAACCUCAAGACUUCCAGAUCCGUGUCCGCGUCAUCAAGGCUCGGCAGUUGUCUGGUAAUAACAUUAAACCAGUGGUGAAGGUCAGUGUGUGUGGACAGACCCAUAGGACAAGGAUCAAGGGAGGAAAUAACCCCUUCUUUGAUGAGUUGAUGUUUUACAAUGUCCACAUGCUACCAUCAGAACUGUUUGAUGAGAACAUUAGCUUCCGGGUAUAUGAUUCCUAUUCACUGAGGUCAGACUCUCUGAUGGGGGAAUUCAAGCUGGAUGUUGGUUAUAUAUAUGAUGAACCAGCCCACACUGUCAUGAGGAAGUGGCUUCUGUUGAAUGACCCAGACGACUCCAGCUCUGGAGCUAAGGGCUACCUUAAAGUUAGCCUGUUUGUAGUGGGGGCUGGAGAUGAGCCUCCGGUGGAGAACAGGGACCCAGUUGAUGACCAGGAUGACAUAGAGAGUAACCUACUGCUGCCGGCUGGUGUGGCCCUGCGACGGGCUACCCUGUCAUUGAAUGUGUUCAGAGCUGAAGAUAUUCCCCAGAUGGAUGAUGCAUUUGUGCAGAACUUGAAGGAAAUGUUUGGAGGAGAAGAAGACAAGAAGAAUCUGGUGGAUCCUUUCAUAGAGGCUUGCUUUGCAGGCAAAAAGCUCUGUACUCAGAUAAUUGAGAAAAAUGCAAAUCCUGAAUGGAACCAAGUACUGAACCUUCAGGUCAAGUUCCCAUCCAUGUGCGAGUCUGUCAAGCUGACAGUCUUUGACUGGGAUCGUUUGUCAGGGAAUGAUGCUAUUGGCACCACAUACCUGAACCUGUCCAGGAUAGCCUCCUCUGGUGGAGAGAUAGAAGCCAACACGGGUGAGUCAGAGGUGGGUUUCCUGCCUGUGUUUGGACCCUGCUAUAUCAACCUUUAUGGCAGCCCCAGAGAGUUCACCGGUCUGCCAGACCCCUAUGAUGAUCUCAAUUAUGGCAAGGGUGAGGGUGUGGCAUACAGGGGCAGAAUCCUGGUCUCGCUGUCCACUAAGCUGGAUGAGAAAACGGACAAAGCAGUAGACAGUAUCCACUCGGAUGACAUCCUGGUGGCACAGAAGUACCAGAGGAGGAGGAAGUACAGCCUGUGUGCAGUCUUCCACAGUGCCACCAUGAUUCAGGAACCUGGAGAACCAAUCCAGUUUGAGGUCAGCAUCGGUAACUAUGGCAACAAAUUGGACACUACCUGCAAACCACUGGCCUCCACCACUCAGUAUAGCUGUUGUAUGUUUGAUGGUAAUCAUUACUAUUACCUGCCCUGGGCAAACACUAAGCCAGUGGUUGUGGUUAAUUCAUUCUGGGAGGACAUCAGCCACCGCCUGGACACGGUCAACAUCAUCCUCUACAUUACUCAGCACCUGCAAACAAACCUGGAGGCAUUUAAAACGGCUAUCUUAGCUAAGGUUCCUGACAACCAACUUACAGAGGUGUGGCUGAAGUUGCUGAGUCAGCUGAUUGAAGACAUAGAAAGUUUCCCAACACCUGAGCUGGAGGGCAACCCCAAUCUGACAUCACUGGACAUUCAGAUCAAAAAGCUGCGAGACAGUUCUUUGAAAACCAUCAAGGAAGGAGCGAGACGCAUGAGAGAGGAGGCCGGAGAGAUCAGAGACUGUGUGUCGGACAUAGAGGCCUGGGCAGACAAACUUAAAAUGUUGGCUGAGGAGCCCCAGAACAGCAUGCCUGAUGUGAUCAUCUGGAUGCUGCGAGGUGAGAAGAGGGUGGCCUGCGCUCGCAUACCUGCUCACCAAAUCCUGUUCUCUACACACAGUGAGCAGGCCAGUGGUCAGCACUGUGGCAAAAUGCAGACUGUCUUUUUACAGUACCCUAUGGAUAAGACCAAGGGCAUGAAAGUGCCAGUUCAGAUUAGAGUCAACAUGUGGCUGGGUCUGUCUGCGCACGAGAAAAAGUUCAACUCCUUCUCUGAGGGAACCUUCAGUGUGUUCGCUGAACUGUAUGAGAACCAGGCCAAACUUUUUGGGAAGUGGGGGACCACAGGACUGGUGGGUCGCCACAAAUUCUCAGAUGUAACAGGCAAACUGAAGCUGAAACAAGAGUACUUCAUCCCACCCAGGGGAUGGGAGUGGGAAGGUGACUGGUUCAUUGACCCAGAGAAAGCUCUGCUAACAGAAGCAGAUGCAGGACACACUGAAUUCAUGGAUGAGGUGUACCAAAAUGAGACUCGCUUCCCUGGUGGGGAGUGGAAGGCUGCCUCUGAGCCAUACACCGAUGUGAAUGGGGAGAAAAGCCGUAACCCUGGAGAGUUUGACUGUCCUCCAGGUUGGACCUAUGAGGACGAGUGGACUGUGGAUGCCAACAGAGCUGUGGAUGAGCAAGGCUGGGAGUAUGGACUGACCAUUCCUCCGGAUGACAAACCUCAUUCCUGGGUUUCUACAGAGAAGAUGUACCAUGUACACCGGAGGAGAAGGCUGGUUCGACCGCGCAGGAGAGCUGCACUUCCUGUAGGAACACCUGUGGAGAGGCGGGAUAGAGGUGACCCUGAGGGAUGGGAAUUCUCUUCACUGAUUGGCUGGAAGUUCCACAGGAACGAGCGCUCAUCGGAUACAUUUCGUCGAAGGCGCUGGAGGCGGAAGAUGGCGCCAGAGAACCGCCUUGGAUCUUGUGCCAUUUUUGAAUUGGAGGGGGCGCUAGGUCUCGAUACUGAUGAUAAAGAGAAAGACCCAAAAGCUGGCAUCACCAAGUUGUUCGGUGCCAACACACCCACUGUGUCAUGCUCCUUUGACAAGUCAUUUAUGUACCACCUCCGUGUCUACGUUUAUCAGGCACGGAGCUUGAGAGCUAUGGACAAAGAAAAUUUUUCUGAUCCGUAUGCUCACGUCUCUUUCAUGCAUGUUAGUAAGACAACAGAGAAGCUGCGAGCAACACUGAACCCAACCUGGGACCAAACUCUGAUUUUCAAUGAUCUGGAGAUUUAUGGAGACCCCCAGAAGAUUGCUCAAUGCCCCCCUAAUGUUGUGCUGGAAUUCUACGACAGUGACCAAGUGGGGAAGGAUGAGCUAAUGGGCCGCAGUUUUUUCACCCCAAUGGUGAAGUUGAAUCCAGGCACCGAUGAGACCCCCACACUGUUGUGGUAUCCCAUCAUCCAGAAAGGUCAAAAGGCGGGCGAGGCACUGCUGGCUGCUGAACUCAUCCUUAAAGACAAGUCGGGCAGGUCUGAUCUUCCCAUGGCUCCCCCAAAGAGAGCAGAGAACCUUUACAUGGUUCCUCAGGGCAUACGGCCUGUGGUGCAGCUCACUGCUGUGGAGAUUCUAGCAUGGGGUCUGAGAAACAUGAAGCCGUACGAACUGGCCUCAGUGUCUUCACCCAGUCUGGUGGUGGAGUGUGGGGGGCAGAAGAUGGAGUCAGCCGUCAUCAAGAACAUGAAAAAGAGCCCCAACUUCCCCAGCUCUGUCCUCCUCAUGAAAGUGCUCCUUCCAAAGGAAGAGAUGUACACCCCUCCCAUUGUGCUGAAGGUGAUCGACCACCGUCCAUUUGGCAGGAAGCCUGUGGUGGGUCAGUGCACCAUCACUUCUCUGGAGGAGUUCAAAUGUGACCCAUAUGUUGUCAGUGCUGAGGGAGCAAGGGCCUCUAAAAUGGCUCUGAUGAUGGCUCCUGCUCCCAAACAUGUCUCUAUUCACAUGGAGGAGUCAACACCUCUGCUAGAAGCUAAGGAAAAAGAGAAGAUUGAUUGGUGGAGCAAAUUCUACGCUUCAAUUGGAGACCAGGAGAAAUGUGCCCCUUACCUCAAGAAAGGAUAUGACACCCUCAAAGUUUAUGACCGUGAACUGGAGGAUGUCCCAGAUUUCAAAGGGCUGACUGAUUUCUGCCACACCUUCAAACUGCUGCGGGGCAAGAAUGAAAAUGGAGACGAGGACCCCACUGUGGCUGGAGAGUUCAAGGGUUCAUUCAAGGUGUAUCCUCUAUCAGAUGACCCGGGUGUCACUCCUCCUCCCCAGCAGUUCAGGGAGCUGCCAGACAGUGGACCCCAAGAGUGUCUGGUCAGGAUUUAUGUGGUCCGGGGCAUAAACCUGCAGCCCAAAGAUAAUAACGGUUUGUGUGAUCCAUACAUAAAGAUAUUGCUGGGAAAGAACACAAUUGAAGACAGAGACAAUUACAUACCAAACACCCUCAACCCUGUAUUUGGAAGGAUGUUUGAAAUGACAUGUUUCCUGCCCCAUGACAAGGACCUGAGGAUCUCUGUUUAUGACUAUGAUCUCCUGAGUCAAGACGAGAAGGUCGGCGAGACAGUGAUCGACCUAGAGAAUCGCGUUCUAUCCCGAUAUAACUCCUACUGUGGCCUCCCACAAACUUACUGCAUUUCUGGUAUCAACCAGUGGCGGGACCAGCUGAGCCCGUCUCAGAUCCUGGAGAACCUGGCUCGCCUAAAAGGCCUGUCCAGACCAAGGACUGAAGACAACGGCACAUCGCUCACCUUCAAUGGCAAAGACUACACGCUGGCUCAGUUUGAGGACAAUAAGAAAAUUCAUCAGCACUUGGGCCCAGCCCGAGAACGCCUCUGUCUGCAUGUGCUCAGAACACAGGGGCUUGUCCCUGAACACGUUGAAACCAGGACACUUUACAGCUCCUUCCAGCCCAACCUCUCUCAGGGAAAGCUUCAGAUGUGGGUGGACGUUUUCCCCAAAAGCAUUGGACUCCCUGGACCUCCUUUUGACAUCACGCGACGCAAGCCUAAGAAGCAUUUCCUUCGUGCUGUCAUCUGGAACACCACAGAUGUGACUCUAGAUGAGACCAGCAUCACUGGAGAACACAUGAGUGACAUCUAUGUCAAAAGCUGGAUGCCAGGCAUGGAGGAGGACAAGCAGAAGACUGAUGUCCACUACAGGUCUCUGGAUGGAGACGGCAACUUUAACUGGAGGUUUGUUUUUGGUUUCGACUAUCUGCCAGCUGAAGAGCUCUGCCUCGUGUCCAAGAAGGAGCACUUUUGGAGUCUUGACAAAACAGAGUUCAGGAUUCCCCCCAAGAUGAUUGUUCAGAUCUGGGAUAAUGACAAAUUCUCACUGGAUGAUUAUCUUGGCUCGGUGGAGCUGGAUUUGCGUAACUUGGUUGCUCCUGCGAAGACCCCAGAGAAGUGUUCUUUGGAAAUGAUGAAUGUUCUGGAAGUGGGAGCGCCACACAAGCCAGAGCACGCCAAGUCUUUGUUUAAUCAGCAGUCGGUCAGAGGCUGGUGGCCCUGUUCCAUUGAGCAGGAAGGGAAGAAGGUCCUGGGUGGCAAAGUGGAGAUGACAUUAGAGAUUGUGACUGAAACCGAAGCAGAUGAAAAACCUGCAGGAAAAGGCAGGGACGAACCCAACAUGAACCCAAAACUGGAUCCUCCCAAACGCCCAGAAACAUCCUUCUUCUGGUUCACCAACCCAUGUAAGACCAUGAAGUUCAUUGUGUGGAAAAGGUUCAGGUGCCUCUUCAUCGGACUCAUCAUCCUCAUCAUAGUGGUUCUCUUUGUUGCCAUCCUGUUGUAUUCGUUACCGAACUACAUCUCAAUGAAGAUAGUGAGGCCUCUGUCAUAACUCUGCAACGGAGGAGGGCCAGUGGAACUGUGAAGAAAAAUUCAAAAUGUCCACAGGAUCUCACUGGGCACAACUACUGCCAAACCAUCUUAAUAUCUUUUUAUAUACUGGGUUUUUAACUGACUACAGUGUUUUAUAAAUGGGGAGUGGUGCUUGCACAUUUGGACUAUAUGGAUGUAUUUUACCAUGAACACUGUCUGCAUUGUUAAACUGUGACAGACUUAUAAGCAGUACAUCUGUGAUUUGUCUCCAAACCACUACUUUUGUUACACACUUGAGUGACCAGAAAAUGGAAAUCCCUGUGCACUGUAAUGUAAUCUAAUACAACGGUCCUUUAAUCAAAUGUUUCAACUUUUGUUAGGGACAGACAAGGUCUGCAAGAGGUGUUGAUUUAGCUUGUUAGGGAUUUUUAAGGUUGUAGUUUGUGGUAAUGUUGCAUUGGAUUACACACUACUGCAUGGUGUUUCUAAUAUUUUUACAUACUGUAUGCAAAUGAGGUGACAAUUCGUUAAAAGGUUUCACAACUUUUAUUACAUGAGCAUUGUGUUAGAUACAGCAGCAUUACAGUGUACCAGGGUUUCCAUCUUUAUCAGUCAGUAUAAUACUGCCAAAUACAGCUAAGGAAGACUGAAGUUACCAGCAAUUAUAUCAUAUGUUUUGUAUUUUACAUCUUCAGAGCUUUUAAAUUAAAUAUAUUAAACCUCAUUCAACAAAUGUUGGUGUCAGUGGGGAAAACAAACUAGAAAAUUAUGGAUACAUCACAGCUCCUAGAAGUGAAGCCACUGUGAUUCAAUCGCCCCCUGGUGGCUGGUUGCAAUAUGUCAUAAAUCCCACCUCUGCCAUGUUAGCAAAUGGGACAUUGAGCCAAAAACAAAUCAGAAAUUUUUCCCAGAGGUCACUUCUGUGGUUUUUGGUAAAUAUCAUGCCGAUAUGUGUCCAAGUGCCCACUUUUCUAGCAAGUUUGUUUUAAUAAGCUAUUUGAUGAUAUGAAAAGAGGUAUUUUGGUUGAUUUGACAGCUUUGAUUGGCAGUCUGUUGUCAUACCACUUCCGGCCACUACUUUGCAGAAUCUGGUUGCAAAAAAGCACGAUGCCAACCACCGUACUCAAUACUUUGGCUUCAUUUUU